CUCCUUCUGACAUGUCUACGUGUACCUUAUCUAGAACCUACGUGUCUGUCGGGUAGGUUAAUUUGCUUUGAUGAUUUUCAAUUAAGUAUUUGUGCUCGUCUUGUUAAUGUUUUUCUAAGUUAGGUAUUCCAAUUCGUAAAUUAGUUUGUUGGCUUCUAUACUAUGAUGGUUUUAAUAAUGCUUUGAAGACAGGACUUAGUUGUUAUCUGUUACAUUUAUCAGAUAAGUUUGACUAAUCUUUAUCGACGAAAAUUUAAAUGAACCUUGUGUAUUAGUGAACUUUAACAAUGACGACUUAUGAGGAAUUCAUUCAACAAAGUGAGGAGAGAGAUGGAAUUAGGUUUACAUGGAAUGUUUGGCCAUCAAGCCGCCUGGAAGCCACAAAACUCGUCGUUCCUGUUGGAUGCCUUUUCCAGCCUUUGAGAGAGCGAGUUGAUUUACCUCCGAUUCAAUACGAUCCUGUUCAGUGCACUAGAAAUACAUGUCGAGCAAUUCUAAACCCUCUCUGCCAGGUUGACUAUCGAGCUAAACUUUGGGUAUGUAAUUUUUGUUUUCAACGAAAUCCUUUCCCACCUCAAUAUGCUGGUAUAUCAGAACAACAUCAGCCAGCUGAACUUAUACCCUCUUUUUCGACAAUAGAAUAUACAAUAACUAGAGCUCAGUUUUUGCCACCUAUUUUUCUUCUAGUUGUUGAUACGUGUUUAGACGAUGAAGAACUUGGUGCUUUGAAAGAUUCAUUGCAAACAUCUUUAUCUUUACUCCCUCCGAAUGCUUUGAUUGGGUUAAUAACGUUUGGAAGAAUGGUUCAAGUUCAUGAGCUGUCAACAGAAGGUUGCUCUAGGAGCUUUGUUUUUAGAGGUACUAAAGAACUAACGGCCAAACAAGUUCAAGACAUGUUAGGUAUCGGAAAAGUCCCAAGUGCUGCAACAUUUAAUCCUGCUGUUCCCGGACAACCUCCAGGCCAGCAGGCUUUGCCCGCUAAUCGAUUUAUUCAACCUGUUCAGUCUUGUGAUAUGAGCCUAACUGAUCUUCUCGGAGAAAUGCAACGGGAUCCCUGGCCUGUAAGUACUGGAAAAAGACCAUUGAGAUCAACUGGUGCAGCUCUAGCUAUUGCUGUUGGUUUGCUCGAAUGUUCAUACCCUAAUACUGGUGCUAGAAUAAUGCUUUUUGUUGGAGGACCUUGCUCACAGGGGCCUGGUCUUGUUGUGAAUGAUGAUCUUCGGGAACCUAUUCGUUCGCAUCAUGAUAUUCAUAAAGAUAAUGCCAGAUACAUGAAGAAGGCAAUCAAACAUUAUGAAAGUUUAGCAAUCAGAGCUGCUACUAACGGACAUAGUAUUGAUAUUUAUUCUUGUGCUUUAGAUCAAACCGGUCUCCAUGAAAUGAAAUCUUGCUGCAACUCUACAGGUGGACAUAUGGUGAUGGGAGAUUCAUUCAAUUCUUCCUUGUUCAAACAGUCUUUUCAAAGGGUACUCUCUCGUGACCAGGUUGGUGAUUUUAAAAUGGCAUUUAAUGGGGUCUUGGAAGUGAAAGCUUCUCGUGAGCUCAAAGUAAUGGGGGCUAUCGGGUCAUGUGUAUCAUUAAACGUAAAAGGACCUUGUGUAAGUGAUAGUGAUAUCGGUUUAGGUGGUACCUCUCAAUGGAAAUUCUGCUCUCUAACUCCUAGUAUGACCUGUGCAUUUUUCUUUGAAGUGAUCAAUCAACACGGUGCGCCGAUUCCGCAAGGUGGUAGGGGAUGUAUUCAAUUUAUUACUCAGUAUCAGCAUGCUACUGGACAAAGACGGAUUCGAGUAACUACUAUUGCUAGAAACUGGGCAGAUGCUACCACUAACCUCCAUCAUAUAAGUGCUGGGUUCGAUCAAGAAGCUGCAGCUGUACUAAUGGCUAGAAUGGUUGUACACCGUGCCGAAUCCGAUGAUGGCCCAGAUGUGAUGCGUUGGGCCGAUAGAAUGCUAAUUAGACUCUGCCAGAAAUUCGGAGAAUACAAUAAAGAUGACCCUAACAGUUUCCGUUUACCAGAAAACUUUUCGCUCUACCCACAGUUCAUGUAUCAUCUUAGAAGAUCUCAAUUUUUGCAAGUUUUCAAUAACAGCCCUGACGAGACAUCUUAUUACAGGCAUAUUUUGAUGAGGGAAGACUUAUCUCAAAGUCUUAUUAUGAUUCAACCUAUUUUGUAUAGUUACAGUUUUAAUGGACCACCUGAGCCUGUACUCUUGGAUACUUCUAGUAUUCAGCCAGAUAGAAUCCUACUUAUGGACACAUUCUUCCAGAUUUUGAUAUUCCAUGGAGAGACUAUAGCACAAUGGAGAGCGCAGAGAUAUCAAGAUAUGCCAGAAUAUGAAAACUUCAAGCAGCUGUUACAAGCUCCUGUAGACGACGCUAAGGAUAUACUGCAUACAAGAUUUCCAAUGCCGAGGUAUAUAGAUACUGAACAGGGUGGAUCACAAGCUAGGUUCCUCCUUUCUAAAGUAAACCCCUCGCAAACACAUAACAACAUGUAUGCUUACGGUGGUGAAUCUGGAGCACCCGUACUCACCGAUGAUGUAAGUCUUCAAACUUUCAUGGAUCACUUGAAGAAAUUAGCUGUAUCUUCUACAGCUUAAUAGAUUUUUUACCAAGAUAUUAAUUUGAUAUUCAUGAUUGGUAUGUAUUAUCUUAAAUGACCAAUUUGUAGCAUAAUCGGUAUGUUUUAUAAAAUUUAAUGAUGUAUUUACUUGUCUUAUGGAAUGGUUGGAAAUUUAACAAUACGUGUAUUUGUACAUACAAAUUAUUUUAUGGUUACGUACAUUUCUUUAAUUUGUUCAUAUCGUUAAAACAUAUUUAAAAUAUUAAAGGUAUUCUUGAUGCAUUUUUACUUAAUUGGAAUUAUGUAAAUAAAUAAAAAGAUAAUAAUGGAAAUGCUUUAUUUUAUAUAAGUUGUGUAGUUUUAAUAAAAUAUUUAAUAUAUGUUUUAAUGUAAAAAGUCAAUCUAGACAAAGAAUAUUUUAUGGUAAAACUUAUUAUUUUUUUUUCCGAACUGUAACUGUUAGUCUAGAGAUAAAUUUAACUAUGAGGUUAAUUUUUAAUUUAUAAUUCAUGUAUUCCAAUGUUAUUUGUAUGUAAGUGUAAAUUAAAGGAUUUAUUGGAAAUUUAAA